GACGCUCCCGUCGCGGCCGUAAUCCCUGUCUCUGAGACGAUUGCCGCGCCCAUCAGAAACGUCUCUGUGCAGAACGAGCCCGUGCAGAGCAUCCCCAUCACCAACAAACAGCAGCUGUCCAAACAGCAGCAAGGGCUGUUGCAACAGCAGGUGGACCAGGUCCCCCGUCGCGACCAGCAGCGUGUGCGCCCGCAGUCUCGCCCGGAGGGUGUGUUUGAACCCGUGGAAACUUUCAACGUUCAGAGCUCUAUGUACUCGGCCCCGCCCAAACCUCCCCGUAUGGUGGGCGACAAACGUCUGCUGGUCAAGGUCAUCAAGGCCAACGGUCUGGCAGUCAAGGAGCUCGGAGCGGCCAACGCGGUGUGCAUGUUGUCCACUGAUGAGCCUGUCCAGGGCUACGCCACCAGCGUGGUCAAGAACACCCAGCAUCCCUUCUGGGACGAGCACUUCCUCUUUGACGUCACACAGGACACCCAGGAGGUGAGAGUGGAGGUCUAUGACAAGGAUAAGCCACAGGGAGACGAAUUCAUCGGUGAAGCCAUCGUUUACAUCGAGGAUCUGCGAAAGACUCCCAGCAGUCGCCAGAUUCUUCGCCUGCACCCCCAACCUGGCAACUUUGAGUACAACACUGGCACUGUCACUGCUGAGUUCCUGUUCAUGGACCCCUCGGAAGCCGACCUACUUCUGGACUCCAUGACAACGGCCACCAAGAACCAGCUGUCUCCACGGCGACGUAUCGAGGUCGCCCGCUCUGUGGCCCUGGGGGGCACCCUGGUCACCAAGACGACCACCACCACCGAGAGGCCCCAGUUUGGUCGCCAUGACCCCGGACUGGACGGGUCCCCCAACUUCGUAGAGAAGAAUAUGUACGUGGAGGAGAGCCCUCUAUAAAAAGAAAGGCGGGUUUGGCAGUGGUCUAUUCAAACGGUUUGGCCGUAAGAAACGAGCUCAAAGCGCUGACCGCAACUUGCCCAGGCGGGAAGAUUCCUACCUGAGACCCCCAGAGCCCAGCUAUGGGCCGCAGUCCAAAGAUGACUUAGAACUAUUGAGGCCGCACCAGAAAGACGCACCGCCUUCCCCCAGCCUGAAGAAAUCACGCACCCUCGGAGGAAGCCUUAAGAAAUUGUUUCGUCGUAGCCGCAAGCGCUCAAACACCAGGGGCAACGACUCUCGGGAGAGCUCCAUGUCGCGAGGCUCGCGCUCCAAGGGCCCGUCCCGAGACAACUCGCUGACGAGACAGAGUCAGCGGGAGCACGAGCAGAGGGCGCAGUCCGUCUCCUGAGGUCAAGGUCGCAGGUCGCGGGUCGCGGCGGGCUGACUCACAGGGAACCAGGGGGUUUAUCAACCACAAACAAACAUUGGUAGUCAUGUAGAGAUACACACGUCAGGAAUGCCAAACUGGACAACUAACUUAUGAAAGAAUGUAUGCUGGCAAGGCAAAAAACAGAGGUAACACACGCAGGUUUGAGACGACUUAUUGUCUUAGUCAGAACGAAGAGUCUACAUAAUGAAAGGGUCCACUCUUCUCUUCGAGCCAAUUAAAAAAGUGUCCUCUAAAUUAGGUGGCGCCCUCUUCACAAAUGCGCACCUUUUGCGAACAGAGUUACCCUACUUGUGUUU